AACAUAAGACCAGAGCCAGCUAUAGGUGUUACUCAAAUCAAUUCGAGUAUAUUCAAUAUUUAUUUUAAAAUGGAUUAGGUGAAUAACGGGUAUCUUAAAGUCGCACACGAUUGUAUCGUUCUUUCUUGUUGGAUUUUACCAGUACUUAGAUCAUAUAACCAGCUUUCACGAUAACAGACUUUAAUUUUAAGCUAUAAUAGAAAAAAAUUAUUCACUGAUUAGCAUACACAAUUGGAAACUUAAGUCUAUGUGAAGUCUAUAGGGUUCGAUGUCCUUUAAUAAGCUUUAAGAUUAACUCCGGAGAAGUUCGCUUUGUCUCCUACGUUCGCUCCCGUUUUCCUCCAAAACAUGUACAAAGAAUUGAUUUUGCGGCAAUCGCCAUAUGCGGCGGUACUCUAAACUGCUUGUUGGUCUAAAGGUUCCAAUUUAUCAGAUUGAAAACUACCUUUGCAAAACAUUGACGGCCCUUUUACUUUCGUGUUAUCUGUAUAUUACAAUUUACAAAAACAAUGUUAUGAAAUAUGCUAAAUAAACAAUGCAACUAUAUUCUUGAUAUAAAUGUAAUUGAUAUUGGCUUGCAAUCCGACGGUGAUAAGUAUAUAUAUCCUUUAUAAUAUUCAAAAAUUGCAGUUUUAAUUGUGAUCUCAAGGUGAACAGUCGUCUUUUUCACUAGCCCCCACAAGUGUCACAAAACAAUAUCUGCUUAUCAGUGUUUACAGUUAAGCUCUCUACUUGACUGUGCAAACAAAGAAACAAGUGAAGCAAAGUAAAGUUAAAACAAAAUAACUGUAGAUCGCGAUACGAUGGGUGAGAGGGGUCCCACCAAUCGCCAAAAGGCAACGUGGACAAAUUUGCUAAGCCAAAAACAAUCAACGAAUUCAAUAAGUUCCAAGUACAUUGUCAUUUUAAGAAAUAAUGAUACGGAUAAACAAUACAAAUUAUCUCCAUUUGCCUUUAAAAACAACAUAGACUAUACUUGUGAUGGCGAAGUUAUAUUCUGCCGCGCACUACAAAGUGGUGACCUUCUGGUUAAAAAUAAAAACACUAUUCAAGCCGAUAAACUACUUAAGAUGUCCAACUUCACCAAUGAUAUCCCAGUUACUGGCUCUGAGCAUCGCACGCUUAACUCAUCGUCAAAAAAAUAAUGAGCAAUAUUGACGGAUCAUUGUCGGAAACUGGUUUACAUAUCUUAACAUCUUAGCUGUAAUUCGUCCGUACAUUCAAACCCCUCUACGAUGCAACAACUGCUACCGU